GCAGCGCAUUCUGCGGCGAACGGAUACACUUGGCUCCGGACGUGCGCCUUCGCGACCCGGGGAAAAUCGUCCUCCUAGAAUAAACUUCGUCAGCAGGUGCCGGUUGCCGCCCUAUGUGAGUCCGAGGAGCCGUUCCCGCUUCAGUAGAUUACAGCAUGAGGACUGACCUGCUACUCUGACCAAAGACCACUGGACACAGACCACUGAGGGGGGGGGGGGAGAAGACCGAAGGUUGCGGUGGCGUGGCCAUGGAUAGAAGGAAAGUUUACGUAUUGAUGACGCUGUUGGCCAUGGCCCACCUCAGCUCGCCGGGGUACGGGCUCAGGGCUCUGCGAAGGACUACAGGGGGGCGGAGGGGGUCCGCGGGACUGACGGGACAGGACGCCAACGGAGUGCCACUCAGGCGCUCCAAACGGGGUUGGAUGUGGAACCAGUUCUUUUUGUUGGAGGAGUACACCGGGACAGACAUGCAGUACGUCGGGAAGCUUCACUCAGAUUCGGACCGCGGAGAUGGGAGCGUGAGGUACGUCCUCAACGGGGACGGAGCGGGGACCCUCUUCAAGAUAGACGAGAAGUCGGGGGACAUCCACGCCACCAAGCGGCUGGACAGGGAGGAGAAGGCCUACUACAUCCUCCACGCCAAAGCCGUCAAUCGCUUCACCAACGAGGCGCUGGAGGGCGAGUCUGAGUUCAUCAUCAAGAUCCACGACAUCAACGACAACGAGCCGCGAUUCACCAAGGACCCGUACACGGCCAGAGUCUUCGAAAUGUCUGACAUCGGCACCUCAGUAAUUCAGGUGACAGCCACCGACGCGGACGACGCCACGUACGGGAACAGCGCCAAGGUGGUGUACAGCAUCCUGGAGGGCCAGCCGUACUUCUCUGUGGACCCAGACACCGGCCUGAUCAAGACGGCCCUGCCCGGCAUGGACCGGGAGAUCAAGGAAAACUACCAGGUCGUGAUCCAGGCUAAAGACAUGGCGGGACAGAUGGGCGGCCUCUCAGGAACCACUACGGUCAGCAUCACCCUCUCCGACGUCAACGACAACCCGCCACGCUUCACCAAGACCCUCUACGACUUCAGGGUGCCCGAGUCCACCGAGAUUGGGUCUGCGGUGGGAGUGAUCCGAGCCCUGGACGCUGACAUCGGUGAGAACGCGGAGAUGGACUACAGGAUCAUCGGGAGCGACGGCCCCGGCAUGUUCGAUAUCACCACCAACAGGAGCACACAAGAGGGCGUCAUCGUGCUGAGGAAGCCUCUGGACUUUGAGAGGAAGCGUCAGUACAUUCUCCGUGUUCAGGUGGAAAACCUCCACAUCAACCCUCGCUUCUUCUCCAUGGGCCCGUUCCGGGACGAGGCCACCAUCAAGGUCGUCGUGGAGGAUGUGGACGAGCCGCCGGUGUUCGAGCGCGCCAGCUACCUGAUGGAAGUCAAGGAAGACGCGGCCAGGAACACCGUCAUCGGCGCCGUCAGCGCGUCCGAUCCCGACGACAAACACAGUCUCGUCAGGUACUCUAUCGAUCGGCGCACAGACAUGGACAGAGUGUUCAACAUCCAUGCGGGCAAUGGGUCGGUGUUCAUCCUCAGGGAGCUGGACAGAGAGGAAAAAGCCUGGCACAACAUCUCCGUCAUCGCCACAGAGUUCAACAACCCGCGACAGAUCAGCCGCGUGCCUGUUUACAUCAGAGUGCUGGACGUCAACGACAAUGCUCCAUCCUUUGCCACCGCAUACGAGACGUUUGUGUGCGAGAACGCUAGGGCCAAUCAGAGGAUACAAACUGUGAGUGCCACAGAUCCCGACGAGCCGCUCGGAGGCCACCGCUUCUUCUUCAGUCUCGCGCAGGAGGCUGCUGGGAAGGCUAACUUCUCUGUCCGUGAUAACAAAGACAACACGGCCUGGAUCCUAACACGGAGGAACAGCUACAACAGCCUGCAGAAGAGCAUCUACCACGUGCCUGUGGUCAUUUCGGACGGAGAGUUCCCCAUGCAGAGCAGCACCAACACGCUGACCAUCAAAGUGUGCACCUGCGACCGCGAGGGCAACAUGAAGCUGUGCAACGCCGAGGCGCUCACGGCGAGGGCGGGACUCAGCACGGGAGCCCUGGUGGCCAUCCUGCUUUGUGUCAUCAUUCUUCUCAUGAUCGUGGUGCUGUUUGCUGCCCUGAGGAGGCAGAGGAAGAAGGAGCCUCUGAUCAUCUCCAAAGAGGAUGUCAGAGACAACGUUGUCAGCUACAACGACGAAGGGGGUGGAGAGGAGGACACUCAGGCCUUUGAUAUCGGCACACUGCGCAACCCAGAGGCCAUCGAGGAGAGCAAGCAGCGGAGGGACAUUGUCCCUGAGACUUUCUACCCUCCCGUCCGACGGCCUGUGCUGCCCCCAACGCGGGACAACAACGGGGACGUGAGAGACUUCAUCAACCAGAGGCUCCAGGACAAUGACAGCGACCCGACGGCGCCGCCUUACGACUCCCUGGCCACCUACGCCUAUGAGGGCAACGGCUCCGUAGCGGAGUCCCUCAGCUCACUGGAGUCGGUGACCACCGAGGGCGACCAGGACUACAACUACCUGAGCGAGUGGGGACCCCGGUUUAAGAAACUGGCGGACAUGUACGGGGGCGACGACAGCGACAGGGAUUCCUAACGCGAGCCUGGCACACAGACGGGGAGAGAAAUGUGAAGUGAAACACACGUUUGAAACUUUGGGCCAAUUCUGGUGAAUGUGUGGCGAGAAAAAUGGUGCAAGGACAGAGAAACGAGCGCUAUUUGCCCAAGUGCUCUUUCACCGCCAUCGAUCACAAUUCAGUUGUCCCUCCAGUGACCAGACCAGUAGGCUUUGUGUGUCCAGUCAGUGUUAGUUGCGUUUUUGCAAGGGCACGGGGAAAAGAGACAUUGUCUCAAGACUUUUUUUUGUGUGUAUAUGGGCUGUACAUGAGGCCCAAAAUAUAUCUAUACUGAUUUUUUUUUUUUUUUUGGUUUGUUUUUCCAAAGCUGCCUGUGAUGGACACGUUCAACAAGCAGUUUUGUAAACCAACAGAUAUGCCUAUGUAUUUUUCCGUGUUUCUGGGACAAAAACAUGCUGCAUAUUGUGAGUUCUAUCUUAGCUAGUGUACGUACGGUAAUAUGAUACAAUACGCUGUACAGCUCCUUUGUUUUCUAGGGAUUUCUAUUGCCCAAAUGAUCCCCUCCUUUCAGUCAAGGCUGCCUGGCAUUAGCCGCUUAUCUACAGCUGUGCUUGAGCCACAAGUGCCAGAAAAUUUUGGUAUUGUCAUGUCUAAUGAUAAAAUGAGAGCUCUCGCCAGCCUGGAUAGAGAGGUGUACGGCAUCAAAAUUUGUGUUAGGUGUGGCACAUUGCUGUAAAGAAGCGGCUAAUGUUCUUUAAAGCUCACAUGAAGCUGUGAUGAAGGACUGUGGAUUUUAGAGCCACAACAAACCCCCGCAAAUACACUUGUCAUUUUUGCAAUAUCUGGAUUUUCAUCUCCACACAGCAUUUGCUGUGCAGUGAGCCGAAAUACCAAAUAUUUCCUUGCUGAAUGUCGUCGGAAGCAUUUUCUCUGUACAGCCAACUCUUAGAUGGAAAAUUGAACACAAAACAGUGUUAUUCUCGAUGCAACACUCCAAAAAUUCACCAAUCUAAUAUGUGCCAGGCUCUGUUAAGAGGAAAAUACUGGUCUUGUUGGACUUUUUUGCUCAUCUCGACUACAGAAAGUUCAGUAACUCCCAGUGCUGAGAGGAAGCCAGCGAGCUUGAAACUACUGCAUUAAAUAAGAUUAGAUGAAACAUCUCGUGGACAGUUGCCAUUAAAAUUCAUCAUGCAAUUUUAUUUUCUCCCCCUAAAUGGUUUAUUUCAUCAGUUCAGGUGAUUAAGGGAAACAGCAUCUGAGCGUUUGAAUUAAUGUACCGAGCAGGAACAAUGAUAUUGUUGAUUGGAUGUUAUAGAAAAGUUGUAUGCUUGUUUAAGCUUGGACCCUGUCCAUCUGUAAAGGUUUGGUACUUUAUGUGAGAAAGCAUCAAAGUCCAUGAUAUGAAGUAGAAGAGUUGCCUUAAAUUUGAAAAACAAUGAGAAAUGGCCUACAGACUAGAUUUUUUGAUUUUGAAGUUAGAUUCCUCUCUUAAGGAAAAGAAAAUCAUCCAAAGGACCAUUUAAAUGUACCACGACUUACAGCAUUAAAAAUAAAUCCAAACUGAAAGUUUUUCUUGCUUUUAAGAUACAAUCUACACUUGUUUCAUCAAGAUUUUAUGUCCCGAAAAGGGCUCCGUCAUGCACGGUGGAAUGUAUAAUAAUGUAAUAUAGCACUUCAGUAAUAGAAAUGUGCCAAAAAGCAAAGAACACCAGUAUUUUCCUUCAAAAAUCCUCCUAUUACUGUACUCCGCUCCCUGCACUUCAUUUCAUGUACUGUAUGUAGUGUUGAUCAUGAAACCAGUCCAAGUGUCCAGGCUUUACUCAACUGAUUUCCUGCGGGACGAACAGCCUUUUCCAUAAAGAUGCUUAUCGAGGGGCACCUGACCUUUGAGUUGCGCGGAAUAAGGUUCUUAAACCCAGAGGUGUGUCCUCGCCUCAGAGAGAAGGUCAAAACAUUAUCCUGCAGCAAGAACACACAGCACAUUUUAGUCUUAACUGUGAUGUAGAGAACACGGGAAAAGAUCCGUAAAUAAAAAUAUUGUCAAAUUACUGUAAGACCUCUUAACUAUGAAUAAACAGCUUUGAUAUAAAGAGGGCUGGUUGAACUGCGAGGGCAGAAUGAUAUCAACAAGGAAAAACAGGCCAGAUAAAACAAGCUCUGCCCUCACUUUAGCAAAAGGCCAACCUGUGAAGAGGCUGACAUUUAUCAGACAUUUGAAACAGUAAUAACAAAACACAAUGGCAUAAUUGCCAUAGUGCUACUUUUUUUCUUUCUGUCCUCAGAAUCAGGCUUGACAUCAACAAUGGUGCAGCACAUUAAACAAUCCAAUUGAUAACACGGUGGUUGGAAAAUUCUUUAUGCUCGGUUCUCUCUCUUUUGCCCUCGUUUUGUUUAUUAGCUUGUUGCUGGAGCUCCCAUUGUGUAAGUGGCCAUUUCGAACUGCGCCAAUGUUGCUAUGAUAAGCAUUUAAUGGGUUCAAAAACCCUUCACUCUAAGAAAACUGCUUUUCUGCCUCAAGGUACAAUGCGAGGUCUCAAAUGGAAAUCAACAUGACAGCAGUAAUCAUCAAAAGCAUUUUUCUUUCUCUUCAGUGUUUUCUGUCUUCAUACAGGGCGCUAGCAUAUUGCCAUUACAAUGAUGUGCUUGUGUUUUCCUGCGGAGAGUAUAAUUGCCUCCAAGCAUUGGCGCCAUGCUCAGCUAAGAUAACAGAAAAAUGUUGCACAUCGUAACGUACCGCACCGCUACGUCUCGGCGGUUGUUUUGCUUGUUUUUUUUUUUUUUGUUUUUUUUUUCCUUUUCUAAGUUGAGGCAACUAGAUGGCGACCCUGACGUCCUCUUUCUCCAGAUACCAUAGAUCUGUGGUUGUUGAUGUGUAGACAAGGUCGGCCUUGGGGCUCACCUCCACUACGGUAUAUUAUGUUGGUGACAAUGUGAUUGAGCAGUCAAGUUUUGUCAAUGUAGAAACAAUUUGAGAGGUUGUGGUAGUGUAAGGGGUCCUAUAUCAUUGGCCAUUCAUCAAUCUGCUUUGUAAAACGUGAUAUUUUGUACUGAAUAUUUA